AUGGUGGCACAAAGUCUUCUCGUCUCCACUCUCCUGCUAUCAAUAGCGGGAGCUGUCCAGGAAACUGUGGAUGUUGGAUACUCUGUGUAUAAGGGACAGGCACUUCCAAAUGGUGUGAGCCAAUGGCUGGGGAUUAGAUAUGCUGCACCGCCGUUGGGCGAGUUGCGGUUUGCGCCUCCACAAGAUCCUCUCCGUACGGAAGGUAUUCAAGAUGCUACUCAGCACGGGAAAUACUGUCUUGCGACUGGCGGUACGCCCACAGCCAAGUCUACGUCAGAAGACUGUUUGUUCUUAGAUGUCCAGGCCCCGACUCGAGCCACAGCUCACUCGAAACUCCCUGUUUUUCUUUACAUUCAAGGCGGUGGCUUCAAUCUCAACUCAAAUCCAAACACCAAUGCCUCUGGCCUGAUCAUCAACAGUGGCUACGAUAUCGUAGUUGUGAGCCUCAACUACCGUGUUGGUCCGUACGGCUUCAUGACGGACAGUAACAAAAUUCUCCCUAACAACGGCCUUCGUGACCAACGCAAGGUGUUGGAAUGGGUGCAGAAAUACAUCUCCCGAUUCGGUGGUGACCCGAAUCAUGUCACUCUGGGAGGAAGCAGUGCUGGCGCUGCCAGUGUUACAUACCACCUGACUGCCAAUAAUGGGACUAAUCGAGGGCUUUUCAAUGCUGCAAUUGCAGAGUCCCCAUCGUUCGCGACGACUCUCACGGUGGCUCAAUCUCAAUACAUGUACACUCAGUUUGCAACUCGGGUAGGUUGUGUUGGCAAAGACAACCUCGCUUGCAUGCGCAAUAAGACGGCGGUGGAGCUUCAGACACAAAAUUUCAAUAUUCCUCUUCCUGGAGCGGCUAACCCACCCAACUAUAUGUGGCUCCCUGUUCUGGAUCAAGAAUUUGUACAGGACUUCACAUACAGAGUAUUUUCAAAAGGAAAGUUUAUCAAGGUGCCUACCAUCUAUGGCGAUGAUACCAACGGAGGGACCAAGUUUGCCCCCAAAGAUACCGCCACCCUCCAGCAAAGCAACAGCUAUGUAUUGGAUCAAUAUCCUGUGCUCACUCUGGAGAUGCUUGGACAAAUUAACGAGAUGUAUCCCAACCCGAAUACAAGCUGCCCUGCUGUUGGCUGCUACUGGAGACAUGCCAGCAAUGUAUACCAGGAGGCUCGUUACAUGUGUCCCGGCAUGUAUAUCAGCUCUGUCGUGAACAAAGCUGGAAAGGAUUCUUGGGUCUAUCGUUGGAACGUUGAGGAUCCUGAUCAAGUGGCCUCUGGAUUGGGUGUGCCUCACACCGUCGAACUGAACGCUCUCUGGGGCGCCAACUACGUUGACGGUGCGCCGGCGAGCUAUCAGGAUGGCCAGAUCAACGCUGCUGCUUCGCCUACUAUGCAGUACUACUGGCUCAACUUUAUCAAAUACUACAACCCCAAUGGCAAAAACAUCUAUUCUACCAGCAAAUACCCCCAAUGGAAAGCGUGGUCUGACAGAGCUCAAAGUCGUCUCACGUUCCAGACUGGAGGCAAGGCGGAGAUGAUCCCCGUUGACUCAGGCUUGAAGCAGCGGUGUGAUUUCUGGACGAAUAAUGGUAUCGCAUUGACAAUGUGA